GUAUCAUUUGACGCAUUUUAGUUCCGUCAACCUCACUGUCUGCAUAUCCGACGUGCAUAUGGGAAUAUCUUCGUGUGCUGUUUGCUACACUUGAUCAACUUCUGACGAAUAAGAAAGCCUAACCCUAGUCCCUCUCUGUCCUUGUGCUAUACCAACUAGUAUAGCAACUAGUAUACCAACCUACGUAAGACGGCAUUGCCCUUAUUUUUCUGUACUAUCUUUAGAUGGGAUAGCCUACCACCUUUUAUUCCGCUUCUUUUGGUUGGUCCCUUUUAUUAUCUUCGUAUAACUCUCGCUUUUAACCGUUUAUCUGUUUUUACUUUCCUUCUAUUCAUGUCUACUUCGAGCUCGAACAACAUCCGCCUAUCCAGCAUUCCGGCUCGCCUGAAACCGACAUCGCAGCACUUGAGUUCAAGACCUGAACCGUCACCGCUGCUGUCGGCUAGUUCCUACGGGUCUAGCGUCGAAGAUUACAUCGGUAGCGGCACCGAUACCGUAGGAGGGAGAACGCCUAACUUUGAUAGGCGGUUGUCUUUCGUGCACGAAGACGACGAGGGCUCGGAUAUCAGCCGGCUUCGCAGCCCUCGUAGGUUCGACAUACUUAGCUCCGUAUACGACUCCGAAGACGACCACGACACCAUGCCGGAUAGCAAACGAUCUUCCCUCUUCCGCCCGAAUGACGGCCGCUCCGUCACGCCGCUCCUAAAGAAAUCCGACGACGAAGACCGCGGGAGGCCGCGGUAUAACAACUCGCGGCCGACAUCGCCUCUGGCCCUACCCGUCUCUACGCCGUCCUCCAUCAACAGCAGGCCUACGUUUUCCCGGCAUUCGACGAUGCGGUCUCGAUCACCCGACACCCAGGCGCGCAUGGCCGUGAAGAAGAAGUACACGUACGCCGCUAUAUUCCUCAUAGUCUCGCUAGUAUCGUUCUGCGUUCAGACCGAACUGGGACGGUACGUGCAGCACGAGCUGGGUUGGAACAAGGCGUACUGCAUGCUAUACCUAACCCACGGAUCCUGGGCGCUCUUAUGGCCCGCGCAGCUACUGAUCCUGCGCGUGCAGAAGUGGAACGUGCCGUGGCGGACCUUCUGGCGGAGACACGUAUACCUGCUGCGCUCGACGGCGCAUAUGGUCGCCCAGCAAGAGCUCGAUAUCCCGCGCCACACUAUACAGCGCAGUCCGCUGCCCUACAUCAUCCGGACCACGGCCUUCAUCACGACGGCGCUGACGGUGGCCGGCUUCAGCUGGUAUAUCGCGGUGAACAUGACGAGCCCGAGCGAUCUGACGGCCAUCUACAACUGCUCCGCCUUCUUCGCCUACGCCUUCAGCGUGCCGUUGCUCAACGAGAAGUUGCGGCUGGACAAGUCGCUCGCGGUCUUGAUAGCUAUCGCCGGCGUUUUAGUCGUCGCGUACGGUGACGCGAAGGACCCGGUCGGCGGGGACGAAGGCCUGGACACCGAGGCUAGCACGCGGUUCCUGGGCAACAUGAUCAUCGGCGCGGGAAGCGUGCUCUACGGCCUGUACGAGGUGCUAUACAAGCGCUUCGCGUGCCCGCCGGAAGGCACGUCGGCGACGCGCGGCAUGAUCUUCGCCAACGCGUUCGGGAGCUGCAUCGGCACCUUCACGCUUACGGUCCUAUGGAUCCCCCUGCCGCUCCUGCACGUCCUCGGCUGGGAGACGUUCGAGCUGCCGACGGGCCACGCGGCCUUCUACCUUUUUCUGUCUGUCAUCAUGAACGCGACGUUCGCCGGAAGCUUCCUCGUCUUGAUCUCGCUGACGAGCCCCGUGCUGAGCUCCGUCGCGGCGCUGCUGACUAUUUUUAUCGUCGCGGUCGCCGACUGGCUGAUCACGGGCCAGAGCAUGAGCGCUGCUGCCAUCGCCGGUGGCUGCAUGAUUGUUGUGGCCUUUUUGAUGCUUAGUUGGAGCACGUGGCGCGAAAUGACCGAGGACGCCGAGCGCAAGGCUGCUGUUGAUGUCGCGGGCCCCGUGGACUGGAGUAGCGAGGAUAGUGAUAAGGAUGAUCGGUUGGAUUAGAUGGGGUUGAAGUCCAAUUCAUCCUCUCUUUUAUCCUCUCUACCCCAACUUCUUCCUUCUCUUGCAGUUCCUCGAUUUCCCAGUGUCUUCUUUUUCUUUCCUCAUCGUGUCUUCCUAGUGGGACGAAUGGGAUAGACCGGACUGUAUACAGGGGCAUUUACGGACUCAUUGAUCAUAUCACGGGUUGGCCAAUAGAUGGCCAUGUCAUAUUAGAGCGAUAUUAGACGCUGUGAAUCUUUUCAUUUGUGACAAUGGAUCUAUGAGGAUUCUUAAGCUACUUUAUACAUGCUUGGGACAUCCUACAGGUUGGCGGGAUGUGGAUAUCAUCAUCCUUGAGACCCUUACUACUAGCAUUGCGGGCGCUAUAGAGGCGUAUUGGCUUUGGAAUCGGGGUUAUGAAGGCCGCGAAGCAUCGCUUGCUUACCUCCCUACGCAAAGGGCGCGGCUUUACGCGAGGUGUGUAUAUGUAUUUAUAGGGGUCGGUAUAUUGGCUCGGCAUUAUAGACACCGGCAUGGUGAGUUUAGGGGGCGGGCCAGAGAGAGGGCUUGUAGCAUAGUAGGCUUGGACAGGCAUGGAAGAAAAAUAUUACGGAUUAUUCGAAUUGGGUGGCGCUAGAAAACGUUCACAUUACGAUGAUCUAGAUAGUAUAAAAAAUAAUAAUGACAAUUACUAAGUUUAU